GGAGCGGGGAGUGGGCUGGAGAGUUGGCCUAGCCGGUCCCCCCUCCGGCUCCGCUCCGGGAGCGAAACCGAGAGCUGAGUGUCCGAGGGGCUGCCUCCGCCGGGGGGCCGGGCUGGAUGGGGCCGGCGACUAAACCCGGGGAGCAGGUGGCCCCAGGCUGUCUCGCCGCCUCUCCCUUCUGAGGAGGAGACGAGUCCUGGGCGCCGCGGCGGGUCUGCGCAGGUGCAGAACUCAAAACAUGACCCACAAGAUACGUAGCCAAUGUUCAGAGCUCAUUUGGCUAGAACUGGAAUACAAUUGUCUACAGCGUAUCCACAAGGAAUCGGAAAAGUCAGUCUAAUGGCUAACAAGAAAGAACCUCCGUUCUUUAAUGAAGAUAACGUGGGACCAUUUUACUACAAACUUCCUUUCUACGAGACUAUGGAGCUUUUCAUUGAGACACUGACGGGGACAUGCUUUGAGUUGAGGGUUUCACCUUUUGAAACUGUCAUCUCUGUGAAAGCUAAAAUUCAAAGAUUAGAAGGCAUUCCUAUCUGUCAGCAACAUUUAAUUUGGAAUAACAUGGAGCUUGAAGAUGAUUAUUGCUUGAAUGAUUACAACAUUUCAGAAGGUUGUACCUUGAAACUGGUAUUAGCUAUGCGUGGUGGGCCAAUAAAUACUAGAAGAGUUCCAAUGGAAGACCCUCUUAGGGAAAUGGCUGAAUACAUGGACUCCAGUCGUGAUGAGGUCUGGGAGAAGGCCUCAUGCAACAAACAAGUCACCUUUUUGGUGUACCGAGAAGGAGAUCAGUUGAAUUUCUUCCGUGUAGUAGAUAGGGGAGAUGGCACUUUAACACCAUUAUCUGAAUCCUUAAGUGGUGGUUCAGUUUAUAAUUUAUAUACUGAUGAUGAUGAAGAAAUUGAGCCUUCUCCCUCUGGGCAACAGAUUAUUGAAAACUCUAUCACUAUGAAUAAAAUGAAGCUACUGAAGGCAAAAAUGGAGACCAUGAACCUCAGCAAAAAGCCCAAGAAAGCUGUCAAGGUAAAACCUCGCCCACCUAUGGCUCCUCGACCUUCAAGCGGUUCGAUGGCAGCUGCUCGUCACAGAUUGUUAAGAGUACUCCCUCACAUUGGACAGUCUUGCCUGCCUCCACCUGGCAAUUCAUAUCCUGCUGAGCCUUCCCAGAAUGCACUGUCAGCCUUGGCUACUUUGGCCACUACUGGUAGACCUAUACCAUCUAUCACUACUGAUUUCCUCAAGGAAGAUGACAACUGGGAGAGCAGCACACUCUCCCACUCAAUCAGUAGCAUUAAACUACCAGCUAAAGUAUCUCAUGUUGAAUUAGAAAACACCAAACAGCCCAUCCCAGAUGCUGUUCUCCCUAUUGUGUCAUCUCUGUCCACACAGACAGAAAUGUUUGCAGAAAAUGUAAUAUCUAAAACAGAGGAAGACACAAUCCUAUUUCCAAAUGUGGAGUUGUGUGCCACCGAAGAAUCUCUUUUACCUGAAAUGGAUGCGUUUGCUUUGUUAGCAGAAGGAAAUGUGACUGAACAAUACAGUGAUCUGGAUGGCACAGAGAAGGUGAACCAAGACCUUGUACUGACCGAUGGGGAUAAAGAUAUUAAAACUCCAGAGCAGCAUCAUAAGCCUGUUGCAAGAAUGUUAAAUUCUGAGACCAUGGAAACUUCAGUUCUGAACCCUCGCGAAUUAAGCCCUCAGAAGAACAGACUCUUGUCACCUCUUCGGUAUUCUGCACCAGUAACACAUCACAGUUCACUAGUGAAACCUCAGAGACCAUCCAAAUGCUUUGAGACUGGUGCCCUCAGGUCCCCUGCCUCACAAAAUGUGUUUCGAUCGUUGGAUGUCCGAAAUAUAGCUGAUCCUUCCUUUCCUAGGACUACUAGAUUUCGUGGUGUUAAAGUCGACUCACCUGGUAAAAGAUCUGAUAUUAUUUCCAAAGGCGAGGCUAGGGACAUCACAGAAAUGGCUAAUAAGGCAUCCAAAGAGCCAGUUGGUUCUGUAAAUAACAUAGGUUUUCUUGCUUCACUGGCACGAAGUGCAAGCAGAGACAGUUUACAGAGCUCGUGUGGGGCCAGCAGGCUUCGGACUUCUGCUAUUGCACUGUCUACUAAUCUCCAGCAUUUUCAGGAAGAAAGUCUCAGGAAAAGCUCUCCCCAAAUUGAACCUGCUGACUUUUUUCUAUCUACCCAUGGGCUUGGAAUGAAUGGAAAUAAUACAUCAGCAGGGAAAAGAGUAGGUGAAACUACCCAUCAUCUGCCCCCUGUGAAAGCCCCUGUUCAGACCAAAAAGAAAACAUCCAAGCAUUGCUUUCUUUGUGGCAAGAAAACGGGACUAGCCACCAGCUAUGAAUGCAGAUGUGGAAACAAUUUCUGUGCAACUCAUCGAUAUGCAGAAACGCACGGCUGCACUUACGAUUACAAGAGUGCGGGAAGGAGACACUUACAGGAGGCAAAUCCUGUUGUUAGCGCACCAAAACUUCCCAAAAUCUAAAGAUGGUGGCACUGCCAGAGGAAAUGGAUUAUUAAUGACAGAAGAAGUAUUGCUUAGACUGAAUUAAUUUUGUUCGACUCCCAAAAAAAAAAAAAAAGAUUUGCCAAGUAACAAAAAGCACACAAUUCAUACUAUUGGAGAGUAAUGUGAACACUACCGUCAUUAACAUCUUUAUUCUUUAGUGAAUCAAAAGUUUUAAAAGUAGUUUUUAAAAAUUUACACUAUAAUGAUUUAACUUUUGUUAUUGCACGUCUUGUGUUAAGUGUUUUAUAUUUGAAAAUGCUAUUUCACUAGACAAGUCUUUAAAAGAUGCACUUUACUAAGUUAAUUUUACUGCAUAACCAGCCAGAUGUGAGGGGGUGCUAAAUGAGAGUGUCAUAGAAGGUCUUUGUGUCAUGGAAUGUCUUCUGUAUUCAGUCCUACCUGUUAUUGUUUUCUUUCAUUUUGUUUUUAAUCCCAUGGGUGAUCUUUUAAAUUAAUUCACUAGCAAGCUCCCCCUUCAAACCACAUUUUAAGAACAUCCAAUUUGCUGUGUGGUGUUUUAUCGCACAUUUUUCUCUUCCAUUCAGAUUGGCAUUCAAAUAUUGUGUAUACAUUCUACAAAACAUAUCAUGUGAAUCACAAUAUAUAUUUCUUAAAACAUUACUUGGUGUAUGGCAGUUUUUUAAAAUAGACAAUGUCCCACUUUUUGCCAUGAAAGACAGAAAACAGCUUAUUUUAACUUUUUUGUAAUGGAUAGAUUUUUUUUUUAAAGAUUUCACAACUUGGUUUGUUUUGCUAAGAUGUUGAAUACUGUUACCAAGAGAAAUUCAAAUAAAUAUUCAAUUUUAUUAUGGGUCUGAUGCAUUUUUUAUAAGUAAUUCAGUAAUCUUAAUUUUUAUAUAAGCCAAUCUGAAAUGAAUGCAGAAAUUAAAACACUUGAAAAAUAACCCGCCUUUAUCAUUAAAUUCAUUCAUGGAAACACACCAGUUAAGCCCAAGGGGCAGCUAGAAAUAAAUUUCCAUACAUUUGGACUACUUAAAAAAUACUGAGGUCCAACCAGGGCUAGAACUUCACUGGACUAUUUCCAUAUCAGAUAAGAUGACAUAUGUAAAUGCAAAGGGAAGAACAAUUUUGCCAAGCAUCUAAGAAGCAUCUUGUCUGCUAUAAAUCCAUUCUGCCAAUUUACCACUAAAUGCCAAUUAGCAUCUUUUCUCACAUUGAUCCAUAAGUAUUUUCUUGACUCACCAUGUCCCCAGAAUUUCUCCCUCCUCCGCAUCCCAAGAUAUUAGGAAAGAGACCCACAAAGGGAAGAGGGAGAAAAAUUAGGCGGAAAGUAGAAGACAAGAAAUAUUGAAGAAAAUAAAAAUCCAGGUGUGUCGAGGGGGCAGCAAUUGCCAAUGCAUAACUUUACGUAGACAGCCAUCCAAAGCCACCUGCAUAAAGAUGUGACCAAUGUAGAGCACUUGAGAACCCUAACCUGAAGCUAGAGAAGCUACCGCAGGCUCACAUGCCUUCACCCCUGCUAAUGUAUGCCCUGGUGGUGGCGUCUUAUAAUUUAGAUCGUUGUGGAGCCUUCCAGUGUGGAAUCUAAGCCAGGUGAGCAUGGACACCAAAGACAAGUGGCUUUCUUGACAUAUAGAUAUGGAAAGUAUAGAGAAUGGACAAUAAAUUACGGAAGGACUUGGAUCCAGCUCAGGUUUAGGUUUCAUAAUGAAUGCUAGACCAAUUCAAUAUAUCAAACAUUCCAAAGCUCAAUCAGUUUCUUCUCUUGAUUGGCUUCAUCCAUGUCCCAUUAGAGUUUUCUCAUGGCUAGCAUGUUUCAAAGAACAAAGUCAAUGGAUUCUGUCAGUGGGACAAAAGUGCUUUUUGUAAAGAAGUAACAGAAACUGGAUUUGUUCUGUUUAAUGAGGUGUCAAAGGCUGAACUUGUCCAUGGGAUAAAAUGCAAAAGACUUGAUUCCAUCUUUUGGAAGAAACUUCCUUGGUAACCGUGAAAAGGAUAAGCUCAUGACAAUUGUUUUUCCUCAGUGAUGGAACCUUCAUGGAAAGUAGCCACUUCCUCUUAGGUGUUUCUUUUUUCAUUUUUUAAGAGAAAAUAUUUCCUUCAUUUAAUGAAAAUAUUGAAUGAAAUAUUUCCUUACUUUUUACAACUCCAUUUGUACAUUUUCAUGUUUUUAAUAGGAAAAGGCACUGCUAGUAAAGAUUUAACAUGUAAAUUUAGGAAGCUAGACCCUCCAAACCAAUAACUACAAACAAAAUGCAGGGAUGACCGUACAAUAUUUUAAAUAUAUCCUUAAUAGUCUGUGACCUUAUGUGAGACUCUUCCCUAAACAAUAAGCUAUGAAAGAAACUGUAAUAUUUUUUCUUCCAAAAGGAAAAAAAAAAGGUCCAAAUAGUUGGUUA